AUGUCAACGUCAACUGAUGAUCUUCCUCAACGUUUAGUUAAUAUUUCAUCUCAACUUAAUCGUAUUGUUCCUAUAUUUCAACUUGUACUUGGCACAUUUGGUAAUAUUAUGAAUAUUGUCAUAUUUACUCGUCGUUCGCUUCGUACUAAUCCAUGUUCAUUUUACUUUUUGGCUUCAUCAAUUAAUAAUUUGUUUCUUCUUUAUGUUGCUUUACUUACACGUCUUCUUUCAAGUGGUUGGAAAAUUGAUCCAUCAAAUUCUAAUAUUGUUCUUUGUAAAUUAAGAAUUUUUUUUAUUUAUUCAUCUCUAUGUCUUAUACAAUGGUUUGUUGUACUUGCAAGUAUUGAUCGAUAUUUUUCAACUUGUCAUACAAAUCAAUAUCGACAAUUCAGUAGUUUAAAAAUAGUUAAAAGAACAGCUGGAUUCAUUAUUUUGAUUAUAACUUUAGCACAUUUUCAUACAUUAAUUUGGUGGACAGUUGAUUAUAUUGGUACUGAUCAAUAUUGUAAUAUCUUUAUAAAUGACUAUGAAUUAGCUUUUCAAAUAUUUUUUCUAAUUUUUUCUUGUAUGUUACCACUUCUUCUUAUGCUUAUUUUUGGUAUAUUAAUGAUUUCAAAUGUUCGAAAACUUCAUAUUCAAAUAGCAGCACAAAAUAAUGGUGUAAGAACUGAUCGUUCACGUUCAAAAGAUCGUCAAUUGGUUACAAUGCUAUUAGUACAAGUUAUUGUUAUGAUUUGUUGUACAGCUCCAUUUGCAACUGUUAAUAUAUUUGAUUUGAUGAUAAAAUAUAUGGAAAAAAUAACAUAUAAUGCAAAAAUUAAACAAUUUUUUGACAAUAUAUGUCGAUUAAUAUUAUAUUUUAAUCCAAUGACUGGAUUUUAUAUAUAUACAUUAUCAAGUCAAACAUUUCGUAUUGAAAUAAAACAUAUACUUAAACAUACAUUUAAAUAUAUAUAUAUAAAAUCUGGCUUAGCAAGAUGCUUUAUAACACCUCAACAAAAUCAAACAACCAUAACCAACCAACCAGUAUCUCGAUGGGCUAAAAAAGUUCGAACUAGUCAUAAUCUGAUUAAGUAUUAA